AUGGAGUCAUCAGGAAAACUGCUGUCAGCACGACUGCUUUCCCUGCUCAAGAAUGGACAAUGGGAUAAAGAUGAUGUUGUGAAGUUGUUUAAAGCCCUGGUGGAGCAGUUUAAUGGCAGGAAUGAAGAUUUUCACACAUGGAUGAUGAAAACCCUUCAUCAAGUGGAGAUUCACAAAAUAAGCGUAUCAGAUUUGACUAUGAAUGGUGAGAUUGUGGAUGAUGUUGAGGACAAAAUUAACAAAAUAACCAGAAACACUGAGGAGAAAACACUGGAUGAGAUUCUAAAGGAAAUUGAAGAGCAAGCAGUUAUAGAUGAACAAACUCUGGCAGAAGUGAAAGACAUUGUGAGCUCUGUGUCCAAAUGUCUAUCAGCUUCUUCAGCAUCACAUCUACAAGGAAUAAAGCAACGGCUGUUUCAACUCUGCAAAGCUGUAGAAAAGACGAUGAAUCUCACACCUCGACUGACUCAGAUGGUGAGCUGGUGCAUUCUGGUGCUUUCUGAAUCCAGUCGGCUGGUUCAGGUUGGAACAGGAGAAGGAAAGUCGUGUAUUGUGGCCAUGUUUGCAGCAUAUCAGGUCAUGAUGGGAAAAACCCCAGACAUCAUCUCCAGUUCUCCAGUACUUGCAGAAAGAGACUGUAGAGAAUGGCUUCACUUUUAUAAAGAACUGAAGAUCACUGCUGAUGUAAACACCAACAAAUCAAACGACAAAGAGCUGAAAGAGUGCUAUGAAUGUCAGGUGGUCUACGGUACAUCUGAUAGCUUUGCAGGUGAUUUUCUGCGGCAGCGUUUCCACAGGAGAGAAGUGAGACCUAAGAGAGAGUUUCAGUGUGUGAUAGUGGACGAGGUGGACUCGCUAAUGCUGGACAAAGGUCUUGAAGUGGUCUACUUGAACACUGAUGUGCCUCUCAUGGAAUCUUUUAAUGGGAUACUUUCUGAAAUCUGGCUUGGCAUCAGUUAUCUGAAGUAUUUAGAUAGUGGAGAAAUUUUAGGUUACUUUCAGAAUUUCUCUCAGGUUCUGAUUGAAAUCAUGCUUGAAAAUAAAGACAUUGAUCAAAUCAGUGUUGUGCAGGCGGCUGUGGAUACUGAGACAACAAGGGAGCAAAAUAAAUCCCCAAUCCCAAACCGUGAAGACCUCAUCAAUGGCAAAGCACAAAUCUGGAUUGAAAAUGCUCUGCAGGCCACUAAAAUGACUCUGGGUCAUGAAUAUAUUCUUCAUGAAGACGGAGUUGUUCCUGUGGAUUAUAAAUGCACUGGUGUUGUCCAGAACAACAUGAGAUGGGGUGAAGGACUUCAGCAGUUCCUGGAGAUGAAACACCAAACCAAACUCUCCAAUAUGAGUCUUAUAACAAACUUCAUGUCCAAUGUUGGCUUAUUCAAGAAAUACAAUGAUCAGAUCUUUGGGAUAACGGGAACUUUAGGUGAUCAAACAGAGCUUGACAUGCUGAAAAAACUCUACAAUGGCAUGAAGACCUGCAACAUUCCCUCAUUCAGAAGGAGGAAACUUUACGAGCUGGAAGACCUGGUGAUUCCUGAAGAGGACGAGUGGAUCAGGACCAUCUGUGAUGCUGUUAAACAUCAAGUGUUUCCUACAGUCUAUCGAGGUCCAAGAGCAGCUCUCAUCAUCUGUGAAACAAUCAAUCGUGCGGAAAUGUUUCACAUGACCCUUGCAGAAACCAUUUCAAUAGACAAACUGAAACUGUACGUGAAUAACAACAUGAAUAACUCCACAGUGAUAGAUCAAACUGUUGAAGGCGGUGACGUGAUCAUUGCAACUAAUCUAGCAGGUCGAGGUACAGACCUAAAGGUCAGUGAAAGUGUAAAUGAAGCAGGAGGUCUGUUUGUGCUGCAAACCUUCUUACCUCUGAACAUCCGUGUUGAACAGCAAGCGUUUGGACGAACGGCUCGACAAGGAAGUCCAGGAUCUGCUCAACUCAUCAUGUGUGCCAGCCAUUUCUCUGAAUCAGUCAAACUAGUGAUGGGUGUGAACACAUCUUUGACCAGUUACCUCAGCCAACUAAACAGUCCAAACUCUAUACCAAUGCCUUUUAGCCCCACAGAAAGGCGAUUUGAGAACAUUUUUGUUCGCUACUUGGACAAUUUCAGUGCUCAAACCCAUGAGGUGAUGAUUUCGUCUCUUAAAGAUUUCCUAACCAUGAACUUAAACCCAGUUCAGAAAAGCAAUCUAGAAGCAGUAAAGGAUGCCAGAAAUCUUCUGGUGAAUGUCAGACUCUCAAUGUUUCUUGAAAAAGAUGUUGCAAAAAUCUCUAUAGAGGAAGAGCUUUUCUCCAUCUACCUUGACGUUUUGGACCAAAUUUAUAAAGAUGAUGCUUUUUCUGACCAGCGUGAUGUGAUUGUUUCCUCUCUUCAUGAGAGUUGGGGUUUGUGGCUCCUGAUGAAUUCCAGUGAGGAAAAGCCCACAGAGAUGCUGAAGGAAAAGCUGAAAGUGGACUUGUCAAGUGCAAAGCAGAAACUUCUGAGCAAACAAUCUCCAUCCUCAAUGGUCUACUAUUACAUCAGGUCUGGAAACAGUCUUCGUAAACAAGGACACCUUGCGGAGAGCAUUGAGAUGUACACCAAAGCUUUGGAGGAGGAUGGGUCAUCUGGGUUGAUUAUUCCUCUCUAUAAUCGUGCACUGGCCACAAUUAUGAAGAAGGACGCUGGUUAUAUUACUCAAGCACUGGCUGAUCUGGAAAAGGCUGAUGAGGGAAUGGAUUCAUAUAAGUUACAUGUGGAGAAGGUUUUCAAUGCCAUUUGUGCAUCAAGCAAAGAGCCGGAAGCUGAAGGUAAAACUUUGUUCGCCACACAGUACCUGGCGAAGUAUUUGGUAGUAAACAAGCUCAAAAAGUUAAUUCAAGAUGCUGUGGUGAAGCUGAAAACAGCUGAAAUGAGAGGAAGCAAUGUGAGACUGAAUAGAAAACGUACCGCUUUCCUUGCAAAAAACUUUAUUUUCCAUCCUCCGAGUCUCCAGAAAGAGCUGCUCAUGGAUUUAUUGCAGUUUGAAGAAUUGGGUAUUGACACAGUUUUCACUCUGGACACCAUAUCUUCUUUCAGUGAAUUUUUGUCAAAAAUCUUCAAGUGA